CCUCGUUGGAAAAAUUCCUGCUAACCCCUGUACUGUACCCAUUCGCACAGCCGGCGACCUCGAUUUCGCAAGAGAAGCCGCCAACCCCAGCACAGCAACAAUGUCCUUCCUCGCAAAGUCAGUCGCCCGGAGGUCGGCUUCCGCAUUGCGCCAGGUCGUCCCAAGAGCAUACGGCGCGCCUCGGAUAAUAUCCGGUCGGCACUUCCACUCGCUGCGUGCCUCUCUUGGGUCGGCAGCGGUCCCACUCGCGCGUGUAGCGGCCAGGGCCCAGGCUCGGCGGCGGUAUGCGUCGGCUUCUUUAGCUGAAGUUGCUCCUGAAUUCAUUAACGACGACGGAUGCGUUGACGUGAAGCAAAUUCGGAAUGUGAGUUGUCGAGAGUAUGAGAGAUAGCUGUCGGAGUUUCGAAUUUACGUCGGUUCUUUCUUUCUGUCAGCUGGCCAUUAUUGCUCACGUCGAUCACGGCAAGACAACGCUGGUUGACCAGCUGUUGCGCCAGUCAGGCGCGGCGAAGAUGGAGUCUGGGGCACGAGUCAUGGAUUCCAAUGACCUCGAAAAGGAGCGGGGCAUUACUAUCCUGUCAAAGAGCACCGGAAUCACGUAUAAAGGGCACCGUAUCAACAUCGUCGAUACGCCAGGACACGCGGAUUUCGGAGGCGAAGUGGAACGGGUGUUGUCGAUGGUGGAUGGUGUGUGCCUGGUUGUGUGUGCGACCGAAGGGCCGAUGACGCAGACAAAAUUUGUGCUGUCGAAGGCUUUGGAGAAGAACUUGAAGCCUUUGGUGGUCAUGAACAAGGUCGAUAGGCCGACGGCGCGGCCUGAUCAGGUCGAGGAUGAGCUUCUUGAGCUUUUCAUUGGUAUGGACGCUACCGAUGAGCAAUUGGACUACCCUAUCAUCUAUGCAUCAGCAAAGGACGGAUGGGCGACAACUGAGGUCGAUGGCAGCAGAGACAACAUCCUCCCAUUACUCGAUCAGAUCUUGGAGAAGGUCCCCCCGCCAUCAGUCGACCGCACUGCACCCUUCUCCAUGCUCGUCACACAAAUCGAAAGCGACCCUUACGUCGGCAAAUGUUACAUGGGGAAAGUCCAGUCUGGGACUAUCCGUGUAGGCGACAAGAUCAAGUCGCUGAACACGGAGGGAAAGGUUGCUGUUGAGGGCAAAGUUACCAAGCUGCUUCUGCGACAGGGGCUCGAGCAGGUUCCUACCGAGGUCGCUGGAGCAGGUGACAUUGUGUCCGUCGCUGGUAUCGAUGGAGCAUACGUGAAUCACACCAUCUGCGAGCAUGUUGUGGACACACCCCUGCCUUUCACCAAAGUCGACCCACCGACGAUUUCUAUGUUCUUCUAUGUGAACGACUCGCCGUUGGGUGGCAAGGAGGGCAAGCUCCUGACGUCGCAGGUGAUCCGUGAACGUCUUCUGAAGGAGACAGAAACCAAUGUUGCGCUGGAAGUCGUCGAGCACGGGGAAGCUUACGAAGUCAAGGGUCGUGGCGAGCUGCAAAUGGGCGUGCUCAUCGAGACUAUGCGCAGAGAAGGGUUCGAGAUCUCCGUCUCUCCACCGCGUGUCAUUUACCGCACGGAAGGCGAAGGCAAGAACAAGCAGGUGUUGGAGCCCAUCGAGGAACUGACCAUCGACGUUGAGCAUGAGCAUGCUGGCACUGUGAUUGAGAAGAUCACGAAGCGGAAAGGAGAUAUGAAGAGUUACACGGAGAGUGGGGAUAAGGCCAGGCUCAUUUUCGAGAUUCCAACACGUGGGUUGUUGGGAUACCCUGCCGAGUUCAAGAACGACACACACGGACAAGGAACCAUCAACUACAUGCUCCGCGGCUACGAGCCCUACCGCGGCGCUCUCGAAAAGACACGGAAAGGCUCCAUCAUCUCCACCGCCCUCGGCGAAACCACCGGCUACGCCCUCGCAUCCAUCGAGCCCCGAGGCAAGCUCUUCGUCGGGCCUGGUGUCAAGGUGUACCCCGGAAUGAUUAUCGGAGAACAUAACCGUGAACACGACCUGGAGGUUAACCCGUCGAAGGCAAAGCAGUUGACGAAUAUUAGGACGGUCGCGAAGGAUGAGGCCAUUCGAUUGUCGCCAGUUGAGCAGUUUGGGCUGGAGAAAAUGAUUGCUUACGUCCAAGACGACGAAGUGAUCGAGAUCACACCAUCCACCAUCCGAACCCGUAAAAAGGAACUGGAUUCAACCAAGCGCAAAGCCCAAACACGGAAGGGCCGCCCUGAUUUUGGAGAUAUUUAGAGACAGCCCCACCAUCGAGUCGAUUCAUCUCGCCCACACAGUUGCGGUAUUUAUAUACGAGAUGGGCAUUCAUAUAUAGCAGCAUGCACGGGUCUACCGUUAUUCGUACAUAUCAUCGUAGUAUUAGAGGGCGCGAUUCAGUCUCAUUCAACCAGGUCUGCGGGGGCCAAGGUGCCACAUAGCACGCGUAGAACUGAAUCUGUUAUUCAUUUUGCAUAAUCGUUUCUCCCUCUGUUUGUACUUGUCAGGCGUCUAUAGAACACCGU